UAAAGAAGCUUUAGUUUAUAUAAUUAAUAAUAAUUUACUUGUGUAAAUAAUGUUAGGUCAUGACUAUUUUACUUCAUAUUUCUUACUUUUUUUUUUGUACUAAUUAUUUAUUAUUCUCUAUUCUUUUUCUUAUUGCUGGUCUUACAUUCUAUCUUAUCUUAUUGCCAGCAUGAAUGAAUGUUAAUGCUGGAUCUGGAUUCACUGGAUCCGCUGUCAGCUAGCUAAACAGCGCUAGCUUCUGAAAGAGUAAAAUCCAUUUUGUUUAGCUAGCUAGCGAUGAAGAGACUGACGGUGUUAUGUCGAUAUCAGGGAUAGCCCAGCUUAGAAAAAUCUUGGCCACCCUUUCAGCCUCUUUGUGUGAACGCGGAUGUUUCGACCGUCGAAGGAAAAUGACAAGCGUUAAUUUGAUUGAAAUAGAAAUAGCACUUCAAAUCCUGUCUGUGUUUUUAAACCGUUUAACAAGACGAUCUUGAACGCGACGUUUGACUUCCAGUAAGUAGUUCCCUCCCCUGGCCUGAACCCCAUUCCGCUGUGAAGCUAGGUUUGUGGGAGAGGGGCAUUUUGUUGGUUUUGUGUUUUAAAAACAAACGCAGUGUCCUUUUUGUGUCACGGGAGAACGUGUCUCCCGUUGUUUGCAUCUCGUCUGUUAGCCGGAGUGGAGCUGGUGUAAACGGCUUUAGCACUGCAGCUAGCUGUGAGGCGAGGCAGACUAGACCCCAUUUGUGAUGCACAAAAUCACGUAAGACUGCAGAAGGAGAAAGCGUUGUGUGUCUGGAGAUACAUCAACCCCAUCAAAGGAAGAGGUGUGUUUGCAUUGGAGCCCAUUCAUAAAGGUUCAUUCGUUUUGGAGUACAGAGGAGUUUUGAAGACGACUGAUAAGACUACAGCGUGGAAUGAGUAUACAUACGUCUUCAAACACAAAGGAACGGAACAUUGCAUUGAUGCUUCAAGUGAAGAUGGGACACUUGGCAGACUCGUGAAUGAUGCUGAAAAACCAAAUGCAAAAAUGAAAAAAAUAGAGGUGGAUGGUGUACCCAGUCUGUGUUUGUUUGCCAUUGUUGACAUUGAGGAAGGGCAAGAAAUAACCUAUGACUACGGAGGAGAAAACCUGCCAUGGCGUUCUUCCCAAAGGCAUCAAAUAUCCAAGCCUAUGGCUCCAAGUACAGUAGAGAAACCUGUUCUCCACACACCAGUCGUCUCUCCAUCUACAGGCGACAUACCAUUCCUUUCCUCCACUGUGCUCCCUGAAGAGCAGCAAGCCAAGAGGCCAGGGGGUUGCAAUGAUGAUUUUGAAGAACAGAGAGGAAGGAAGAGAAGAAAGCAAGAUAAUUCAGGAGGAAUGAGGAAGAGAGAGACGGAUUGCAAGAAACAUCGUGUUGUGAAAGAGAACUUGGGCUCAUUUGAAAAAUGCUCACUUUGCCGUGGGCCAUUUUCUUCAUUGAAGUGGUGGGGGCUAAGAUGUGAAGUUUGCACCACUGUCUGGCAUACAUACUGCUUUCACUCCAAAGACAAAAGACAAAAGACUUUGCCUAUGGCUCCAUGUACAGUAGAGAAACCUGUUCUCCACACACCAGCCGUCUCUCCAUCUACAGACCACUCAACUGUCUCUCCAUCUACAGACCACACACCAGUUGUCUCUCCAUCUGCAGACCACUCACCAGUCGUCUCUCUAUCUGCAGGCAACACACCAUUUCUCUCCUCUACAGUGCUCCCUGAAGAGAAUAAAAGUGACUUCAGUGAAGAGGAGCUAUCGGAUGAUGUAUCUGAUCCAGAAUACGUUCCAGGCUCAGAAAGUGACACAGAGGAUGAGGAACCAAUAAACAGCUUGGCAAACCCAACAUUACAGGUCGCUGAAGAAUCACUAAUGGAUACCUCUAUGAACUGUAAUGUCACAGAUGACACCCCUAACACUGGACAAUCUUGCACCAACACAGUACCUUCAACCAGUGUUGUAAAAGCAGGACAAAAUUUCUGCUUCAUUUGCAAGGAUUUUCAUUUCAAAAUAGCGCGGCAUUAUAAAACUCACAUAAAAGAGAAUUCUGAUGUUGCAUAUGCCCUUAGUCUCCCAGCAAGCUCAACAACUAGGAAGAAGCUUCUAGAGAAUCUUCGCAACAGGGGAAACUUUGAGUAUAACAGAGAUGUGCUGAAAAAAGGAAGUGGUCAGCUCAAAGUGAAGCGCAGAGCCAAGAAGGUUGAAUGCAAAAAAUAUGAAUAUUGUAUCCAUUGUAAGGGUAUGUUUUUGCGACCAGAACUAUGGAGACAUAUGAAAAGGUGCUCCUCCAAACCAGAGGAACAGGAUCAUCAAGGAAGAAAAAGAGUGCUCGGCCUAGCAUCUGCAAUCCAGUCAGCAUGUUCAAGCACAGUUGAUGAUGGGGUGCUUAAAAUGUUAAGCCAUAUGCAUGACGAUGUCAUUGCAAGUGUUAUUCGUAAUGACUUCUGCCUUCUUCGGUAUGCUGACACCCUUUUCGCAAAACAUGGACAUGACCCUUCAAAACAUGACUAUAUCCGCCAAAAAAUCCGUCAGCUGGGAAGAUUCCUGCAAACCAUUCGCAAAAGGUCUUUAAUCCUAACCUUAGAGGAUGCCAUAAAACCAGGUAAUUUCAUGGAAGUAAUUGAAGCAGUAAAAGAAACAGCAGGAUUUGAUAAAGAAAAGAACUGUUACAAAACUCCAAGCCUUGCACUUAAAAUUGGACACUCACUGUUGAAAGUGAGUGACAUCAUUCAUUGUCAUGCUCUUAUGGCUGGAGAUGACAACUUGAUUAAAUCCUCAAAGGCGUUUCAGAAGCUUUAUACUGCAAAGUGGUCGGAGUACAUAUCCCACUGUGCCUUAAGCACCAUUAGUGACCUGAAAUAUAACAAAACAGCCAAAUUACCGCUCACUGAUGAUGUAACGAAAUUUAACAAGCAUCUUGACAAAACUGUUGAAUCAGCAACUGCUGCAUUGAAGAAGGAGACAACAGUGCAGAACUACUCCAGCCUUGCAAAAGCCGCAUUGACCAAGAUUGUCCUUUUCAAUAGAAGACGUGUUGGGGAGGUCUCAAAGAUGAAACUGAGACACUUUCUGGAAAGAAACAAAGAAACAAACACCCUUGAUGAAUUGGGGCUGUCAGAGUGUGAAAAGAAACUCUGCAACUAUUUUGAGCGUGUUGAACUAAAAGGAAAAAGGGAUAGAAAGGUAGCAGUGCUGCUGACACCUAAGAUGGUAAAUGGACUCAACAUUAUGAUUGAGAAGAGGAAAGAAUGUGGUGUCCCAGACCAAAAUGAAUACUUGUUUGCUGUACCAAAUUGUCUGACUUACUACAGAGGACAUCAGUGUCUCAGACAGCUCGCAGAUGAGUGUGGUGCCAAGAGGCCAGAGUAUCUACGAUCAACUCAACUGCGCAAAGACAUAGCGACCACAUCACAAAUCCUGAACUUGAAGAGCAAUGAACUAGAUCAGCUUGCUGAUUUUAUGGGGCACGAUAUAUCAGUACAUAGACAGUUCUACCGUCUGUCAGAGCCUACCAUACAGAGUGCCAAAAUUUCCAAGUUGCUCCUUGCACUGGAAAAGGGAAAGAUGCAUGAGCUUAAAGGAAAAUCUCUUGACGAAAUUGAAGAUGUCACAGAUGAUGAUGAUGAGAGUGAGGAGGAACAAACAUUCACAACAAACAUUCACAACAAAGCAGAGGUAGAUUGUCCUCGUGAACUGAACGACAUGGACACUCCUGAUGCAGAUGGACUCCCUCCUGUACAUAAUGUACGCAAAGACAAGACACGAAGACCAUGGACCAAAGCAGAAGAAAAAGCUGUGCUGAGACAUUUCAAGUCUCACAUAAUUAAAGGUCAUUUAGCAUCAAAGAAGGAGUGUGUGGUUUGCAAAGAAUGUGAACAGCCAGCACUGAAAAAUAGAACAUGCCAAAACAUUAGAGACUUUGUGAGAAACAAGGGGCUGACUUUUAAGCGCCAAAACCGCCACCCACACUAAAAAACAAUAUGUGUGCAGCCAGCGUUGUGA